AUGAAUAAUAUCACCAACAAAGCAGCAGGCUUUUGUACAAAUCUGCUUAGAACCAAACACAGAGAAAGAAAGACAGAGAGAAAGGAGAUGACCGGUGCCGGCGAAGGUGGAAAACCGACGGUGGUGUGUUUGACCGGAGCGUCGGGAUACAUAGCUUCAUGGCUAGUCAAAUUAUUGCUCCAUCGUGGCUACAUCGUCAAAGCCACCGUUCGCGACCUCAAGGAUUCGAAGAAAACAGAGCAUUUAGUAUCCCUCGAAGGAGCUAAAGAAAGACUACACUUAUUCGAAGCAAACCUACUUGAAGAAGGUUCAUUAAAUUCCAUUAUUAAAGAUUGCCAUGGCGUUUUUCACACAGCUUCUCCAUGUUUCUUCGAAUCCGAUGAUCCUCAAACACAACUCAUCGAUCCUGCUUUAAAAGGAACAAUCAAUGUCCUCACCUCUUGUGCCAAAUCUCAUCAAUCUAUCAAAAGGGUAAUCUUAACUUCCUCCAUUGCUGCUAUGCUUGUUGGUACACCUCGUACUCCUCAAACCAUUGUCGACGAAACUUGGUUUUCCGACCCAAAAAUAUGCAAGGACAACCAGCUUUGGUAUGUCUUAUCUAAGACAUUAGCAGAAGAAGCAGCUUGGGAAUUUGUGAAGGAGAAAGGAAUUGAUAUGGUUGUAAUAAACCCGGCAAUGGUUAUAGGUCCUUUAUUACAACCGACUCUCAAUUUUAGUUGUACUCCAAUUUUGAACCUGAUAAAUAAUUCUGAAACUUAUCCAAAUGCUUCGUUUGGAUGGGUUCAUGUGAAUGAUGUUGUAAAUGCUCAUGUUCGAGCAUUCGAGAUUCCUUCGGCUAAUGGAAGGUGUGAGAACGACGAGCCAUUUGAGCCAACUUUUAUUGUAUCGAAGGAAAGAGCAAGAUCGUUGGGUGUUGAAUUUGUACCAUUUCAGAUUAGUCUCAAGGAAACCGUUGAAAGUUUGAUCGAGAAGAAAUUUGUCACUCUCGAAUUUUACGAUUAG